AUGUCCUCUAACAUCAGAGCCAGCCUUUAUGUGUAUUCCUUCUCAGUUGCUCUGCAAGCACUCACCGUUAUUUCAAUGGGUGGAAUAGCGGACCACCGUGAGCCAUAUCCUCCUGCUUCUCCUGGCGAUAGUUUGACGAAAACUACUCCAGCACCUCAUCGUAAACUCCUACUCCUUAGCUUUGCAGCCCUGGGUUCUAUAGCAGCAACCCUGUUCCUCCUUCUGCCUUCCUCUUCACCCGUUUGGUACCUCUCCGCCCUCCUGGCGCUAUCCGCCAACGUCGGCUUCGGAGCCUCCAUCGUCGCAAUGAACGCCUACAUCCCUUCUCUCGCCAAAGAAGCCCCAGAAGUCGUCAAGAUAUGGGAAGACCUCCAAAACCUCGACCAUGGGUCCGAAAGCGACAGCGACCCGGACACAAGCACCGAGAACCCUUCCGCACCUCUCCUUUCGCCUUCGAAUGCCACCUCAGAGACGAAGACGCAGCUGGAGAAGGAGUACCAGAUGGAGCUUUCGCGUGCCACGUCCCGCACAUCGUCACUGGGUAUUGCCUUGGGCUACGGUGCGGGUAUAUGCCUGCUCAUCGUCGCACUCGUGCCUGUCACGAAGAUGGGCGGAUCGACCUUCGCCCUGCGCCUCGCCAUCGGGCUCAGCGGGAUCUGGUGGGCCGUAUUCACCAUCCCAGCCGCUCUCUGGCUGCCCAAUACCACCUCUUCCCCCGCCCCCACCUCCGCCUCCGCCUCCCAAGACAAAGACUUCCGCAUCGGACACGAGAUCCUCGCAGCUUGGAUCCGGCUGCGCGACAUGCUCCGCGUCCGCGAAGUCAAGAAGCUGCGCAACACCUUCAAGUACCUCGCCGCGUGGUUCCUACUCUCGGACGGGUUCACGACCAUCACCUCCACCGCUUUGCUCUUCGGGAAGACGACGCUGCACAUGUCGCCCUCGGCGCUCAUCCUCGUUGGGGUGCUCACCCCCACAGCGGGCAUCGCAGGCUCGCUGCUCUGGCCCGUCCUCCAGCGCCGGCUUGGGUGGUCCAACUUGAGGAUUCUGGUGGUAUUGGUGGGGAUGGCGUCGAUGAUACCAUUGUAUGGGUGUCUGGGGUUCUUGGUGCAGGGGAAAGUGAGGUUUGGAGGCUUGACGACGCAGGAGGAGAUGUUCGUGCUUGCGGUAUACUUUGGGUCGGUGUACGGCGCGUUCCAGGGUUACGCGAGGGCGUUCUACGCGGAGCUACUGCCGCCAGGUGAGGAGGCACGGUGGUACGGCUUGUUCUCGAUAACGGACAAGUCGAGCUCGUUCAUCGGGCCGUUGGUCGUUGGCCUCAUUGCUGACGUGACGGGCAACAUCCGCUUCGCGUUCUUUUUCUUGGUGUUGAUGGUGUGGGCUGCUGUGCCUAUCCUGAUGAGCGUCGACGUCGAGCGGGGCAGAAAGGACGCGCAGGAGUACGAAUACCAUUCCGAAAUUUAG